AAAUGAAUGCUCAAACGUCUUUAUAAAGAGAGAGAAAGUUUUUGCAUUUGAGUGAGAGACAGAGACAGCAAAGAAAAAGAAAAGUUAAUCAAAGUUGAACUUUUUGUCCUAAUCUUACAAAAAAAAAAAAAAAACAGAGAGAGAAAGUUAAUCAAAGUUGAACUUUUUCUUCUCAGACAGAAGUUAAAGGUUGUUGUUGAAACAAAGGAAAAAAAAACCCUAACCUUGAAAUUGUUUUUAGUUUUUUUUUUUUUUCUCUCUGUUGCUCUUUGAUGGUGAUACAGUAAAGGCCAAAACUUUACUCUUUUUUGGUUUUCUCUCUUUCUCUCCGAGGAUUCACAAGUAAGCUUAAGGUUUCAGACUUUCUGUUGUUAGUGUAAUCAAGCAUCAGUUAGCUCUCACAUUUUGUUGCUUCAGUUUGUUGGAUCUUUUGUUUAAGCUGAAAGCAAAUUAGGGUUUAUGUGAAGGUGGGGUUUGCUUCAAAAAGAGGUUUUUGAAGGGUUGUUUUUGUUUUUUUUUUUAUGUUUUGUAAGAAUUUGGGUUUUUGUUAUUUUGGCCAGAUGGGGCUUUGGUGUACUGAUUUGGAGCUUUGAAUGGUUUCAAGGUUGUUAGUUGGACAAGUGAAAAUAGUGUUUAAUGAAUAUUUUGAAGGCUAAUGUAAUUGCAGAAGAGAAUUGAAGGACAAGCAUUUUCUGGGCUUUUCUUAGAGUUUAUCUGAAUGGUUGGAUUCUGUUGGCGUGGGGUACCCGGGACGAUGUCUUCCUUAAGUAGGGAGCUGGUGUUUUUGAUAUUACAGUUCCUGGAUGAGGAAAAAUUCAUGGAAACUGUUCAUAAGCUAGAACAAGAGUCUGGUUUUUUCUUCAAUAUGAAGCAUUUUGAGGAUCAAGUCCAGGCUGGUGAAUGGGAUGAAGUUGAGCGUUAUCUAUGUGGGUUCACUAAGGUUGAAGAUAACCGUUACUCAAUGAAGAUUUUCUUUGAAAUUAGGAAGCAGAAGUAUUUGGAGGCUCUUGAUAGGCAGGAUCGAGCAAAGGCUGUUGAGAUUCUUGUAAAGGAUUUGAAGGUUUUCGCAUCCUUUAAUGAAGAACUUUUCAAGGAGAUUACCCAGUUGCUUACUCUUGAUAACUUUAGGCAAAAUGAGCAGCUUUCUAAAUAUGGGGAUACAAAAUCUGCUCGAAAUAUCAUGCUUGUAGAACUUAAGAAGCUGAUUGAAGCGAAUCCUUUAUUUCGUGAUAAGCUUACAUUCCCAGCCUUUAAAAGUUCACGACUAAGAACCUUAAUAAAUCAGAGUCUAAAUUGGCAGCAUCAGCUUUGCAAGAAUCCUCGCCCAAACCCUGACAUUAAAACUCUCUUUACGGAUCAUUCUUGUUUGCCAACUUCCAAUGGGGCACGUCCUCCACCUCCUACUAAUGGUCCCCUUGUUGGACCAAUUUCCAAGGCUGGGGUGUUCCCUCCUGUUGUUGCCCAUGGUCCAUUUCAGCCUGUUGUUUCUCCAUCUUCUGGUGCUAUUGCAGGGUGGAUGCCAAGUGGAAAUCCUUCUUUACCUCAUGCUGCAGCUGUAGCGGCAGCCCCCCCUGGCCUUGUCCAGCCUUCUAAUGCAGCUGCAUUUCUCAAGCACCCAAGGACACAGUCAGGUAUGCCAGGGAUGGAUUAUCAGUCAGCUGAUUCAGAGCAUUUGAUGAAGCGCAUUCGCACUGGCCAGUCUGAUGAGGUAUCUUUUUCUGGUAUAUCACAUACUCCCAAUGUCUACUCACAAGACGACCUUCCAAAAACUGUUGUGCGGGCCUUUAACCAAGGAUCUAAUGUCAUGAGCAUGGACUUUCAUCCUCAACAACAAACCAUUCUCCUAGUUGGCACAAAAGUUGGUGACAUCAGCCUUUGGGAAGUAGGAUCUCGGGAAAGGUUGGCCCAUAAGCCAUUCAAGGUUUGGGAUAUUUCGGCUGUUUCCAUGCCUUUGCAGACAUCACUAGUGAAUGAUGCUGUGAUAUCAGUAAAUCGAUGUGUUUGGGCGCCUGAUGGACUUAUGCUUGGUGUUGCAUUUUCAAAGCAUAUAGUCCAGAUAUAUCAUUACAAUCCAGCUGGUGAAUUAAGACAGCAUUUGGAGAUUGAUGCCCAUGUUGGAGGUGUUAAUGACAUAGCGUUUGCUCAUCCCAACAAGCAAUUAUGUAUUGUUACAUGUGGGGAUGAUAAGAUGAUUAAGGUAUGGGACACUGUUGCUGGAUGCGGACUUUAUACAUUUGAAGGCCAUGAAGCUCCAGUAUAUUCUGUAUGCCCUCAUCAUAAAGAAAAUAUUCAGUUUAUCUUUUCCACUGCCAUUGAUGGGAAGAUUAAAGCUUGGUUAUAUGAUUGCUUGGGAUCUAGAGUGGACUAUGAUGCCCCUGGACUUUGGUGCACCACAAUGGCAUACAGUGCUGAUGGAACUAGGCUUUUCUCUUGUGGAACCAGUAAAGAUGGUGAAUCCCAUUUAGUUGAAUGGAAUGAGAGUGAAGGAGCUAUCAAAAGAAGAUAUUCUGGUUUUAGGAAUCGUUCUUUAGGUGUUGUCCAGUUUGACACAACCAGGAACAGGUUAUUAGCAGCUGGUGAUGAAUUCCAAAUUAAGUUCUGGGACAUGGAUGAUACUACCAUGUUGACAGCUGUUGACGCAGAUGGCGGUUUGCCUGCUAGUCCCCGAUUAAGAUUCAACAAGGAAGGGUCAUUGUUGGCGGUUACAACUAGUGAUAAUAGUAUCAAAAUCUUGGCUAACGGUGAUGGUUCACGCAUGAUAAGGAUGUUGGAGAGCAGGGUUGUUGACAAAAGUCAAGGCCCUUCUGAACCUGUCAACUCUAAGCAAUUGAUUGUUAAUGCUCUUGGUCCUGUUGGAAAUGCUGCCAUUGCUCCUGCCCUUGAACGCCCAGAUAGAGUCCUCCCUGCUCAAUCUGGUAACAUGGACAACAGCAGGCUUGUUGAUGUUAAACCACGGAUUUCAGAUGAUACAGACAAGAUCAGGGGCUGGAGAAUUCCUGACAUUAUGGAACCGUCUCACCUGAAAGUCCUGCGAUUACCUGAUGCCAUAGCAGCAGGAAAGGUUGUGAGGCUGCUGUACACUAACUCUGGUCUUGCUCUUUUGGCCCUUGCUUCAAAUGCUGUUCACAAACUUUGGAAAUGGCAACGUAGUGAAAGGAGUCCAUUAGGCAAGGCAACUGCAUAUGUUGCACCACAAUUGUGGCAGCCGCCUAGUGGUACACCUAUGACAAAUGAUAUAAGUGACACUAAACCUGCGGAAGAGUCUGCUGCAUGCAUUGCAUUGUCUAAAAAUGAUUCUUAUGUUAUGUCCGCAUCGGGAGGGAAGGUGUCUUUGUUCAACAUGAUGACAUUCAAGGUGAUGACCACCUUUAUUUCCCCUCCUCCUGCAGCCACAUUCUUGGCAUUUCAUCCCCAAGAUAAUAAUAUUAUUGCCAUUGGCAUGGAAGAUUCCACGAUUCAAAUUUAUAAUGUCAGAGUUGAUGAGGUCAAAACUAAACUCAAAGGCCACCAGAAUCGGAUAACAGGACUUGCCUUUUCCCAAACUUUAAAUUCUCUGGUGUCUUCAGGGGCUGAUGCACAGUUGUGUGUUUGGAGCAUAGAUGGAUGGGGGAAAAAGAAAUCGAGUUUCAUACAGGCACCAGCUGGUCGUCAAUCUCCACUAGCAGGAGAAACCAAAGUCCAGUUUCACAAUGACCAAACUCAUCUAUUGGUUGUCCAUGAAAGCCAAAUAGCCAUCUAUGACAGCAAGCUUGAAUGUUUGCGCUCUUGGUCCCCAAAAGAUUCACUCAAUGCUCCCAUUUCAAGUGCAAUAUAUUCCUGUGAUGGCUCACUGGUUUAUACUGGAUUUUGUGAUGGUGCUGUUGGAGUUUUUUAUUCGGAUAACUUGAGGGUGAGAUGUCGAAUAGCACCUUCUGCUUACAUACCUUCUUUCUCAGUCAGCAGCAACAGCGCGUAUGCAGUGGUCAUAGCUGCUCAUCCAACCGAGCCUAACCAGAUUGCGCUAGGCAUGAGCGAUGGAGCGGUACAUGUGGUGGAACCCUCUGAUGUAGAAUUGAAAUGGGGUGCUAAACCCUCUCAAAAUAAUGGAUCCCUUCCUUCUAGUUCAUCGAAUCCUUCCUUGAGUGGUCAACCAACAGAGCUACCUUCUAGGUGAUGGUGUAUAUAAAGUAGAUGUUACCACAAGCAUAUAUAGAGAGACAUUUAUCCUCUUUACUUUGUAAUCAAUUGCGUUGAAUCAACUCCAUGUUAUUUAAUAUUUCAUUGUAAAUCUUAUUCCCACUUAAGCCUGUUUUGCUUUCUCGCCAUGUUAUUUUACAAAUACACUUAUGCAGGCAAAAUUAGCACUCUCGCUCACUCUGCCCUUUACCAUUACACUUCAGAUACUUUGGUGAAUGAUUUAAUUAUGUAAUUUCAUUUCAUUGGUAAAUGAGAAG